AGAAGGGAAGAUGGAUACACAUCUUCUCUCCACUCUCCUACUUUUGGUCAUUCUCAGUGUAAAUGCAGUUUAUAGUGAAGAAGACACAGAGGCCCUGUUCUGUCUUGAGUACCAAAAAGCUUUUGAAGGCUCCUGCUAUGAGUUUGUGAAUCUGCAGCGUAGCUUCCUGGACGCUCAAAGUUGGUGUGAGCGUGGCGGUGGACACUUGGCCUUCAUCCAGAAUGAUGAAAUUCAGCAGUUUCUCCAGAGACAUUUGCAAUCGGAGCAGGAUUGGUGGCUGGGACUGGCGCCUGCCUCCUUCAACCUCAGCAUGGGCUCCGCUGCCACAGAGGGUUCCUUGUCCUGGCUGGAUGGAUCUGACGUGAGUUACUCUAACUGGCUCCGUGAACCUGAGCUCGGAGAAGCUUGUGGUUACAUCGUGAAGAAAUCUGGAUUUCAGUGGGCAUCAACCAAAAACUGUAGCCAAGAGCUCCACUUUAUCUGCGAGUUUGAGUCAGGACAUGCUCUAGCCUGUUUGGAACACAAUGCCACGCUACAGUGUGGCUCUGGUCAGGUUAUAGAGAUCGAUGACAGCUUCUAUGGCAGGAAGACUCUGCACUACUGCAGGGCCGGACAUUCUCUGCCUCACACGUCUUUACAGGAGGAGUGCAGCUGGGUCGACGUGGUGGAUAUAGUGUCAGGGCACUGCCAUGGGCUGCAGGUAUGCCAGGCUGUAGCUGAGGUAGCAUCCUUUGGAGAACCUUGCCCAGGACUAGGAAGUUAUUUAUCAGUGGAUUAUCACUGCAAAGAGGGUCUUCACCUGCUGAUUAACAAGCAAGCUGCUGUCUUUGAUAAUGUCACCUUGACUAUAAAGUGGUUGCUCCACCCUUUCCAAGGAAAUCUCACAUGCACUUUGAAUGCUGGUGAUGGGCACGCCAUCGACCCCUACAUGCCUGAAGAGUUACAGAGUAAUAUAGUGCACAGGUACCAACACGCUGGAGUCUACACUGUUACAGUGGAGUGUAGCACCAGCGAGUGGCACGUGACAGCGCAGAAAACCAUCACCAUCCAAGAACCUGUUGGGGAAUUUAGCAAAGUUGUGUGCCACAGCUCAAACCAGACAAUGGACAGUGAAAACUGCAAAGGUCUUCAACACCAUGCUCUGAGAAUCCAAGUGCAGCUCAGUGCCGGUACUAACAUCACAUACAAAAUCCAGCAUGGACUCACUGAGCUUGCCCACUCUUCUGAAGUCAGAGGGAUCAUUCCUCACAACAUCACUAUCCCUCGAGAAGCUUUACAGCUUUUGGGCUUGGGAUGCCAUCAACUUACUCUCCUGGCCUCCAAUGGAGUGACAGCUCCAGAAGUGUCUGCUAGUCUGGAACUUUGCUUGGUGGAGCCAGUGGAGGGUCUUCAAGCCUCUGUGGCACCAGAACAGGACCUUUGCUCAGACUCAGCUCUAUAUGUUAAUGUCUCUCUGGACCACGGUGCUCCAGUGGACGUGCUCUUUCUGGUGUCUGGGGAUAACGACAGCUUCUCUGAGACUCAUCAGAUGCUAAAUGGGAGUUUACAGAUGUUUAGGAUCUCCAGCAAAAUAGAAGGUCCAAUGAGGGUAAAGGUGAGGACAUGGAACUUGUUUUCAUCAGUGGAAGCAGAUGCUGGAGACACACUACUGCAUUGCCAGACAGAAGAUCAUAUGGGAGAUCUAACUGGCGAUAACCUGACGAUCACUGCAAACCCAGAGAGCCCAGUCAUAGGCACGCGUAGCAUAAUGUUGGGCGUUAAUGGUCUAAAUAGAAAUGCUAACCUUUACACAUUUGCCUGGAACUGCAGUGGAACUUGUCCCUGUAAUGUCAGUACUCAGACUAAAGGCCAUGAGAUACGUGCUGCCUGUCUCCCUCCACCCUACAGUUUUUCAGUCUACUCUGUGACUGUCACAAAGACAACGGGGCAGCCAGAGGAACAGACAGCAAGCAAAUGCAUCUCUGUGUCUCCAGGGAAUGAUUUAAAUCCAGUCAUUACAUGUUCCAACUGCAACCCAGUGAAUGUCAGUGCAAAUGUUACAUUGCAGUUACAGUGUGAAGGCUGUCAGCAAAUUGUUUGGUACUUUGAGGACACAAACCCUGUACCUGAUGAUUUGAGUUCCUGCUAUUCUGAAAAAGGACAGAAGGCACUGAUGAAACAGAAGGAAGGUGUCAGCUCUUUCGUAAUCGAGACUGCAACUCUAGUCAAUGCACAGCAGAAUAUAAAUGUUGUUGCUUAUGGUGUAAAAGAUGGUUUAUCUGGAUCGACUGAAUUCACCAUCCCAAUAUUGGGUGCCUUGUCUACUUUGUUCCCAACAUUACUACCUGAUAGUCAAACCACAAAUGGGCUGCCUGCAUCCCAACCCCAAACCCAGGCUUCAUCCACAGAGUCUAUAAUAACCACCUCCAAUAUUCCCUUUAGUUCUCCCAACACUACUACUAAUACCCUACGAGAAGUUUCCCCUCCGCCGUUCUGUAACAUUAACCCCACUGUUGGGGACAUUCUCUCUCCCUUCAACAUCACAUGCACUGUGGCUCCUUUGUUCUGCAAAGCUGGACCCUGCACAUACUGCUUCAGAACAUCCACUGGUGACUACUUAUACUGUGGCCAUAACCAGACGGUGGAGUCACUCUUUCUCCCUGUGGGGAGCGAUGCUACUAACUACAGCCUGGUUGUGGCAAUCACUGUUGAGAAUGUGGAAGGACAGAAGAUUAACACGACCUUAUCUGUCCAGGUAAAUGAUGCUAGCAUUGGGCCCACAGUGGAGGAUCUGCAGAGCUUUGUGUCCAAGCAGGUGGACCAGCUGUUGCAGCUUGGGAAGGUGACAGGGGCAACACUAGCCCAGAUGUUCCAGUCUGUGUCUAACAGGUUGAAUGGGGACACAACCGAGGGCCAAGAACAAGAUGCAAAGAUGAAGCUAAGAGAGCAGAUGCUGUUAGACCUGGGCACAGCCGUGAACGCCGCCCCCCUCAGGAACCCUUCAGAAGUGCAAAAGACAGCUGACGCUGUAGUGGGCCUCACUACACAGAGUGAAGAGCUGACAUCUACGGCUCAGCUAGAGGCCAGCUCACUUUUGUCAAACCUCAGUCUGUCCCUGGUCUCUCUCACACUCUCUGAGGGGGAUGACAAAGAAGUAACAAGGCAGGCGGUCACACCCAUCAUUCAGGCUGCCAGCAACAUCCUCAAAGUUUCUGCCAGCACAGACCAGCAGGAAAUCAUCUCAGAAAACUUGCUAAAUGCAGCAGACAAUGUACAAAGUGCUCUGCUGGCUGGUGCAAGCAUAGACCAAGAACCCAUCAUGGUUAGCACCUCCGAGAUCAGUGUGUAUGUAAACAGACUGUCACCAGUGGUACUUCAGAAACAGUCCUUCAGUAUUGAGUACAACAGCUCAGCCAGCUUUGUGCUCCCGUCUCUGGGUCCUAAUGUGCUGCCUUUAGAAGAGCCAGUGGAUGUGCGGAUGCUGAGUUUUACGAUAAACCCUUUCCCCUGGAGGGAAAGCGAGCCCAUAAAUGGAGCGGUGGCGUCUCUGUCCAUCACCCGAGAGAAUGGAUCUGUUAUCCCUGUAUCAAACCUCAGUGAGGAGAUUGAGAUAAUCUUACCAAGACCAGAGGCUGAAGUUAACAGUACAUUUCUGGACCUGGGGAACUACAGUACCUUAGUCAUUAAUGUGACCAUGCCAAACAUAUCUCUGGUUUUGAAAUUGGACCCCUCAGAAGAGAUAUCUUUACAAUUACUCCUGGGUUUUGAGCACUAUCCAAACAACACUCACUACAAGACCACAAUUCAGCUCCCUCAACCAGGAAAUUCAACAGAAGAGAGGUAUGCAUGGGUGCUGGACCCCAGGGAUGUAGCACUAGACGUAGGGGUUUACUAUCUUCUGGUGAGGCCUAUUGUCCAAGCAGGUGUAAACUCCUCCAACGUCUCAGUGUUCAUCACAUCAAUAGCUGCUCAGUGUAAGUACUGGGAUGAGACUGAAACCAACUGGAGUGACUACGGCUGCAGGGUUGGACCUCGUACCACACCACUGCUUACUCAGUGCCUGUGUAACCAUUUGACAUUUUUUGGCAGUACCUUCUUUGUCAUGCCCAACCUGGUCGACGUGUCCCGUACUGCUGAACUUUUUGCCACGUUCGCCAAUAACCCUGUAGUGGUGUGUUUCAUUGGUGCUAUUUUCCUCGUCUACCUCAUGGUUGUGGUUUGGGCACGAAGAAAGGACAUCCAAGACACAGCAAAGGUGAAAGUCACAGUGCUAGAGGACAAUGAUCCCUUGGCUGAAUAUCGCUACUUACUGACCAUCAGCACUGGGCAUCGCCGGGGAGCUUCUACAUCCUCUCAGGUUACAGCGACUCUACUGGGCUCUGAGGGAGAGAGCGAGCCCCAUCAUCUAACUGACCCAGACAAGCCGGUAUUUGAGAGGGGAGGAAUUGACAUGUUCCUCCUCACCACGCCUUUCUCACUUGGAGAGCUGCAGAGCAUCAGAUUAUGGCAUGAUAAUUCUGGGAAACAUCCUGCUUGGUAUGUUAAUAAGGCGACGGUCCAAGACCUGGAGACAGGGCAAAAGUGGCAUUUCUUAUGUAGUUCAUGGCUGGCCAUUGAUGUAGGAGAGUGUACCCUGGACAAAGUGUUCCCUGCAGCAACUGAGAUGGACUUAAAAAGGUUUAGUAAUCUGUUCUUUAUGAAAACCACAAAGGAUUUCCAAGAUGGUCACAUUUGGUUUUCGGUGAUCAAUCGGCCACCCAGUAGUAACUUCACUCGAGUGCAGCGUGUUUCAUGCUGUUUCUCUCUGUUGCUCUGCACCAUGCUGACCAGCAUCAUGUUCUGGGGGAUUCCCACUGACCCCUCUGAGCAGACCAUGGAUCUGGGUAAGAUCGAGUUUACCUGGCAGCAAGUGACGAUUGGAAUCCAGAGCUCCAUUAUUAUGUUCCCCAUCAACCUUCUUAUUGUGAGCAUCUUCAGAAACGUCCGACCAAGGGAACGAAGAACAGAUCAAAUUCCUAAACAGUCUAAGACUGAUUCUGUUAAGCAAGGAAAAACAGGACAGGUUUCGCCAACCCAACCUCCUUCUCCACAGAGUGACCAUAGGGAGAUCACCCCAGAUGUUGUAGUCAAGGACAUCAAAAGGAUAGCCCAAUCACUCUCCAAGGCUCUGAGGAGCCCCAUGCCAAGGAUAGACCCUGAGAAAAUGGAUAUCAAUGCUCUCCUGUCACUAGUUGAAGAUAUUAUUUGUCAGCAGAACAGUGCAGGAGGCAAGUUUUACUCUGAUGCCUCCAAAAAGGAGCUUGCCAUCUCUCUGGGGGCUGUAAAUCUUCAUGAGAGAAGUCCUGAACAGAUGCCAAAAGAGAAACACAGUAUCUACAGGCAGUAUCUCUAUAAACAACUCCAGAAUGUGGAGAAAGAGCUGAAGCUGCUGGGUCCUACCCGGUUCUCUAAACCAGAGAGCUACAUUCAGGCAGUCCUGCAGGUUCAGGGCAUGAAACGAUUGCUAGAGCCAUAUCUCUCCUCCAGCUCCCGCAGGGACCAGGUUUCCUGCAGCUCCAGUCUUGGAGAGGACCACAGAGGUGAUAAGAAGUGCUGUCAGAAAGGCUUGCCCUGGUGGUUUGUGUUUGUUGGCUGGAUUCUUGUUGCAGCCACUAGUGGAGUGUCAGCAUAUUUCACCAUGAUGUAUGGGCUGACUUAUGGAAUGGAUCGCUCUGUUAGCUGGCUCAUUUCUAUGGUUGUGUCUUUUUUCGAAAGCCUCUUCAUUACCCAGCCUAUGAAGGUGCUUGGAUUUGCUGUCUUCUUUGCUCUGGUUCUAAAGACAGUUGAUCAAGAAGAAUAUGGAGAUCUUCCAAUUGAGGGUGGUCUAUCAAGCGCAGAUGAUCCUGAUGGCAUACGCAUUGCCAGGAGGGACAGCACGUGCAGUUUCUAUCAGCCUCCUCCUCCCACCGAUAUUGAGAAGAUGAGGAACAACAUGAUCAAAGAACAGAAAGUCUUUGCACUCAUCAGGGAGAUUCUCAUUUACGUGGGCUUCCUCUGGAUGCUACUCCUGGUGGCUUACGGUCAGCGAGAUCCAAAUGCUUACUACCUCACUCAGCACAUUCAGCAGAGCUUCAGGAAUGGCAUCGCUGACAGUAUGAACUACAAAGAUGUGUUUACCUGGGCAAACGCCACCCUCUUAAAUAGCGUUUUUGGACGACAACCAGGCUUUAUCACAGAUGGAAACUCGAAGCUCGUAGGCAAUGCUCGACUCCGGCAGGUUCGAGUGCACAAGGACUCCUGCAGGACCUCCAGCUUCAUGAGCCGCUCCAUUCAUGACUGCCAUGCUCCAUACUCUUGGGAGGUGGAGGACAUGGGCUCCUAUGGUCCAGGCUGGAAUCGAUCAACAGAUGUAAAUUUGUCUAAGAGUUUCCUCAUGCCAUGGCGGUACCAAACCCAAUCCAGACUCAGGGCGCACCCUAUCUGGGGUGGGGUGGCUUUCUACAGAGGUGGGGGAUUUGUUGUGGACCUGGGGCCUAACAAACAAAAUGCAAGCAGUUUGCUUCAGUACCUUUUUGACAACAUCUGGGUGGACAAAUACACUCGGGCUAUCUUUGUGGAGUUCACAGUGUACAAUGCUAAUGUCAACCUCUUCUGUAUUGUCACGCUGAUGUUCGAGACCACAGCAGUGGGAGCUUUCCAGUAUCGCAGUGAUCUACAAAGUGUCCGCCUUUAUCAGUCAACUGGUGGUUUUCAUAUUUUCAUGAUGGCCUCUGAGGCCAUCUAUUUUCUCUUCAUUCUUUAUUACAUGUUUCAGCAGGGCAAGCUUAUGAAACAACACAAGUGGGAAUACUUCAGGAGCAAGUGGAAUCUUUUGGAGCUAGCCAUCAUUAUUUUAAGCUGGAGUGCACUGUGUGUUUUCAUCAAGAGGAAACUGUUGGGCAACCGGGACAUUGAGUAUUAUCAAACCCACAAAGACCAACAUGCUAGCUUUCAUGAAACUGCUGCAGCAGAUGGAGUUCUUGGAUAUCUUAUAGCUUUCCUGGUUCUGCUGGCCACGGUCAAACUGUGGCACCUGCUGCGCCUCAACCCUAAACUCCAAAUGAUCACCGCGACAUUGCGUCGGGCGUGGAACGACAUCUCUGGCUUCAUCAUCGUCAUGACAAUUAUGUUCUUGGCUUACUCCAUUGCUUGUAAUUUAAUGUACGGUUGGAAGCUUUAUUCAUACCACACUCUUCUACAUGCUGCCAAGACCAUCGUAAGCUUACAACUGGGGAUCUUCAACUAUGAAGAAGUUUUGCAUUACAAUCCUGUUCUCGGUGCAUUUGUCAUUGGUUCUUGCAUCAUCUUCAUGACGUUUGUGGUUCUGAACCUAUUUAUAUCCGUUAUCCUGGUGGCAUUUUCUGAAGAACAGUUACACCAUAAGCCGUCUGAAGAGGAGGAAAUCGUAGAUCUGAUGCUGAUGAAGAUAUGCAGCCUUUUGGGAAUCAAGGUUAAGAAGAACCAAAUGCCUGACGAACCAAAAGCAACACCUUUUGCCAUAUCAUAAAUGUAGAAUUGAGAUAGAAAGAUAAAAGUAGUACAUGAAAUGGAUAAAAGCAGCUUUUAUGUAAUGCUCUUUUUGUUUUUGGAAAUUGUAGCGCUAUUAAUAUCUCUGUGCACAAUGCUGUAAUUAUAUUUAAAAGCUUGAUGUGAAAGGUGUUGCAUGUACUGAGUGUAGGCCUUUAUUAUAUAAGCUGUAAAACAUAGCCCUUUGGGUCUCUGUACAAAGCUUUUAAUGGCUUCAUUUC